AUGUUUGAUAACGACGAUAAAUGUUUAGCUGUGGUGUUCCAGGGCUGUGAGUCUCCGGUGUGCGCGGGCUGCGGCGCGCUGAUCUCAGAUCGCUUCUACCUGCUCGCGGCAGACAGACGGUGGCACGAGCGCUGUUUGAAAUGCAGCGCGUGUCACGCUGACCUGGAGUCAGAGCUCACGUGCUUCAGUAAACACGGAGACAUUUACUGUAAGGAGGACUAUUACAGGAGGUUUUCUUUGCAAAGAUGUGCGCGGUGCCACCUGGGAAUCUCUGCCUCAGAGGUAGUGAUGCGCGCCGGGGAUCUGGUGUACCACUUGAGCUGCUUCUCCUGUGCCACCUGCGACAAAGUGCUGUUCACUGGAGAUCACUACGGAAUGAGAGAGAUGUCAGUGUACUGCCGGGUACAUUUCGAGACUAUGCUGCAGAGGGAAUGUCAUACAGAUUUGUAUUAUUCAGACAUGUCUCCAGGAGAGCCAAACCCUGAGAGCGGCACAUGCAAUGAAGGGACCCCUGUGCACAGAGGACGGGCCCGGAAGAGGAAAAACUGUGAUGCAACAGACCAUGUUUCAG